CACCACCACAGACAGCAGUGGACCACAGCGCAAAAUAUCUGACAUCGUCCAAGGGAGCAACGUUCUGCCUGACAGCCAGACAACCGUCGACCACAUAUUUCUCGUGGAGUGCCCCCUCGAUACCCUGCAAUCGGUCCUGUCACAGUACGCGAUAUCAUCGGUGGCAUAAACCUCAACACAUACACACCAACUCGGAAGAACGUACAGGAGGCGAGUAAAAACUCUGCAGCCGGCGAGGCAGUAUAUAUCGUGGUGGAGUGAUGCCGCCGUACACCAAGACACUCCUCCAUGCCUACCGGUUGGCCUGCAUCAUUGGCUCCUUGCUCGUCGAUGGGAGUGAUGCGCUCUUCGCUAGGAGUGAACCCGGGCAGCCUCCUGAAUACUGCACCGUCUUCCACCACAUGGUGAAAAGCGCGGGCUCGACCAUCAGAAAUAUUCUUUACACGGCUACGCAGGAAGAAGGUCUUCCGGCACCACGUGAGACUGCUAUUAUUGUAGAAACGUAG